AUGUCUUCUCGAGACGGCUUCUCAUGGACUGAGUCCCAAGGACUCAAGGCUGGUGUUCCAUGCAUUGGAGCCAUCAACCCUCCUACCAACCUCUCAGACAAGAACACAAAGUUUGAUGUGAUUGUUGUUGGUGCUGGUUACUGUGGUCUAACUGCGGCUCGUGAUGCAGCCGUUGCUGGCCUCAAAGUGUUGCUCAUUGAAGCUCGUGAUCGCAUUGGAGGCCGGUCAUGGAGCUCAAAUAUCGAGGGCUAUCCAUAUGAAAUGGGUGGUACCUGGGUAUACUGGGGACAACCAAACGUAUGGCGUGAAAUCUCUCGAUAUGGUAUGCAAGAUGAACUUGAGAUCUCAUAUGACUUCUCAAGAGGUGUCAACAAGUAUCUUCUGGUAACACCUGAGGGCACUCAAAAGUUCACCCACGAAGAAGAGGAUCAACUAAUGCAAAAUGGCCUUGAGAAACUCGUCAACAUCGACGGUCAAGGCGGUCGAGAAGCAUUAGUCUUCCCCCACAGCGCAAAUCUCGGCCCAACAGCCGCCAAAUACGACCGCAUGUCCAUUGCAGACCGUCUCGCUGAGAUCCAAAACGAUCUAACCCCCAACGAGCGUAUAUGCCUAGAAGCCUUUGUGCUUCUCUGCAGCGGCGGCACCCUUGAGACCACUAGCUUCUACGAGUUCUUGCACUGGUGGGCUCUAAGCGGUUAUACAUACCAAGGUUGCAUCGAGUAUCUUGUCAAGUACAAGUUCAAGGGGGGCCAGUCAAGCUUCUCUAUUCGUUUCUUCAAGGAGGCUUUGGCGAGUGGAAACUUGACAUACUCUUUCAGCACACCUAUUGCUUCUGUCAAGAGUGGUCCUGCCGGUGUUGAAGUUACUGCGAGAAGUGGUCAGAAGUUCAGAGCGCUGAAGAUGAUUAGCGCUAUGCCGCUUAACAUUCUUAACGAUGUGCAUUUCGAUCCUCCUCUGAUGCCUGGGAAGAAAGCGGCGGCGGAUAUUGGUCAUGUCAACCAGUGCACCAAAGUUCAUGCCGAGGUUUCUGAUCGAGAUCUUCGCUCAAUGACUAGUAUCAGCUAUCCUCACAACAAGCUCUCAUACGGCUUUGGAGAUGGUACUACCCCUGCUGGUAACACUCACAUCGUGGCAUUUGGUGGUCAGCACAACCACUUCCAUCCCGAGGAGGAUAUUGAAAAGACCAAAGCUGCUUUUCAGGGCUUUUCUCCGAUGGAUAUCAAGCGCUUGGUCUUUCACAACUGGUCCAAGGAUGAGUUUGCAAAGGGGGCUUGGUUCUUCUCUCGACCUGGUCUGCUGACCGAUCAUCUUGGCGACAUGCGAGCCACGCAGGGCAACAUCAUCUUUGCCUGCUCCGAUUGGGCCCUUGGAUGGCGUAGUUUUAUUGAUGGAGCCAUUGAGGAGGGCACGCGAGCUGCCAUGGCGGUGCGUUCGAGCCUUUCUGAGCGAAGCCAUCUGUAG